AUGACACGUCCUCGUCCUCGUUCCUCCUCUGCAAGCCUGUCAGAUUCAGAAUCAGUAUUCUCUCAAGUUUCAUCACACGAAUCUUCCCAAAGCCCUCGAGAAGAGGUAGAGAAAUCUCCUCCAAGCGCCCGGCCCCUGAAAAAUGUAAAACGUAAGCAGAAGUCCCUGGAUAAUGAUGGCGAGACCAAAACUAGGGCUUCAAAAUGGCCGAAAUCCCAUUCAAAAGAUAUCAGCAAGGACAAGAAAGAUACAAAGCCUCGCGAACAAUGUCUGCAGUUCGCUCGUUGGAUCCCUCAAGGAAUAGAUAUGUUUUGCAUACUAAAAGAUGUUUUCCGCAUUGCACCAUUGGUCGAGAUUGCAUGCAGCACUAAUGUAGAGGACUCUGACGCGUCAGAUGAUGAGUGCAGCGCGCGCAAUGCAAUCCUUGCUAAUAUAUCCAACGAUGCGCAAGAUCAACUACUUCGUACAUAUAAGAAGGUUCUUGCCGGCGCACCUUACCUCCUUGAACUCGUCAAAGGAGGUAAAAAAAGGGCAGCUGAACUCAAAGACAUUCUUGAUAAUAUGCAGUAUAUGAUUGGCCAAGUACGGUCUGAAGAUGCCAUGCACCUGAAGAAGAGCAUCUUGCAUUACGCUUCUUAUGACUCCAAUGGUCUCGAGCCAGCCAUCUUUCCUGACAGCAAAGAAUCUCGCACAAAAAUGGGCCUUAACCACCCUCAGCUUGCGCGCAUGCUGUGUCCUGUCAAGCACCUUGUGGAGUAUCAAAAGUCGCCCUCGCAAACUAAAAGCAAGAUUGAAUCUGGCGAGAUUAAGAUGGAUGCCCACGCCCGGCCUGCUCUUCUAUACAACGGUAAAGUAGCUGGAGAAUCUUUCGACCAACAGAACAUGCAGGAUGGCCUUUUUGAAGGUUACAUUGUUGAAUGUGUGUUGAAGCAUAUCCUGACUGGUCCUUCAUCUGCACUCGCGGGCGAUGAUUUUCAUAUCUCGAACACUUGCAAUGCUUCACUCCACGGGAUGAUGUCUUUUGAAGCUGAACACAUCACCUACGGGGCUAUACAGGCAUGGUCCUCUAUAUCUUCUCGCGACAAAUGGUCCGAGAAUGACGGUACCUUCUCGUACCGGAAAUUUUACUACCGGAUCAUAGAUGUCAUUCGUAACCCUCCAGACGAGGCAUGGGCUACAGCAAUUUUGCAACAUUAUAACUUGAAAGUAUUCAAAGAUAAAGCUGGACAUGCAGCUGCGCUUUCAACAACGACUGUUUCUGAUUCUGGAGAUGCGGAUGAUGACGACGACGAUAUUGCGGUGAUGCGAAAGCAAUCUGCGCUGUGUUCUGCUAACAUUUCAAGACACCCUUCUCCAUCACGUCCACCUCCUACUAGAUCUGGUGCAGAUAUAGCACUGCAACCAUCCUCACCUCCUCGCAAGAAAAUGAAGGCAGUGGCAUUCGAAAGCCCACUGACACAAGAUGAGUCUGAUAAGGAACAUGAGCCUCAGCCUGGAACAUCGCUGCGCAAAGGUCGCAAAGCUGCUGCCAGCAGCGCCACUGCCUCUAGGGCGAAGACCUCCACAUCAAAGAGGAGGAGGGUCGAAAGUCCAGCGGUGUCUGAAGGCGAGCCUGACGAGGAGCAUGAGCAUCAGGUUCGGAGAUCACCACGCAAAAGUGCCAAACCUGCCACUGCCUCCAAGGUGAAGACAACUCAAGCUGCACCAAAGAAAAGGAGGGGAAGGAAAUGA